GGGCUGGAGGUGGAGCGGAAGAUACUUAAAAUAACUGUGACAAUGAUGGUUAGCCAGUUUUUCUUGAGUCUGCUGAGUCUGUGGGGCAGGUUCCGUUUCUCCCGCCAGUCGGAUUGAACUAAGCCAGAAUUCGUUUGCGAAUAGAGGAGAGCAACCAACAAACCACUGUCUCUAAAGUGAAAACCAAAUAAGUGUAUUGUUGGUUAGUCUCGGCGAAGGGGUAGUGAUUGUUUGGAGACGGGUGGAUUAAUCAUCGGUUUACUAGUAUAUGCAACUGAAUCAGAUCUAUGGGUCUAUCCUCGAGGCGAACUCGAUUAGUUUGCGAGGCGAUCCAACCAGCUGAGGAAAUGGAACGAUAUUUUCCGAUCAAAUCGGGCCAACCGAGAGGAAUAACAAUUACCGUUUUUUAUUUCUUUCUCGAAUUCCUUUCAUAAGUGAAAUGUACUGAGGAAGAAGUAAGGGCAAAUUGUGAAUAUUCCGGACCUUUCCAUUUGGGACAGCUAUUUGGGACCUCAUUUGGUAUAUUGAGAGCACCAAAAUUUUUCCGCCUUGAGAACGCCAUCCAAUCAAAUAGUCGCAAAGAAAAAAACAUUCGGUGCGUGGUCAACUCGCGUGGUCGCAAAGGGCUUGAAAAAUAUUCAUGAGCUGAUGAACUGCACUUCGCGGGCGUUGUGGCAAGAAGUUCAUCUAGCAGAAAUCUUCUUUUAUCCUCACAAGUUGCUGCAAAAUCCAUCAACAUUCAGCGUAGGAUAUGUCCGUACAUCAGGAGCUGCUACCAAACACAAAUACCUGCAACAAGAUCUCCAGUUGUGCAAAGUAAGCUUACUGCAACCCAACUUCUCAAGCACGUGUGGCAUGAAACAGAGAUGCGAAAGCGCUUUCGCGGAGGAUACAAUGGUUUCUGAGUCUUUUUCGAGAGAAGAGAUACAAAAAUGUACAUUGUAUAGCUGCGAUAGUGGCAGAACAAGCACUCACAAGGCCACCCUUGACAAGAUUAGUUCAGACUGGAAUACAUUGCUAUGAUGGGGUGCAUCGUGAAUUCAAAGCAACUGUUGGAAAUGUGCUGUUCAGCUCACUCAGCAAUGGUGAGUUCAUGAUUCCUAUUUUACUAUCUCGUCUUAUUUAAGAUGAUUUUUACAAAACAUUCAAGUAAUAAUGGCAAAUAAUAGCAAAAAUAAGUUACCUUCACAUGUGCUUGGGUUGGCAAUUCGCUUUUCUAGUGUGGUGCUGUGCUGCUCCUUCCUCUCCUUCCUCUUGUAGUACUUCCUUCUCCCCAGUUCUGAGCUUGGGAAUCUGGGUUUUAGUUACAUACAUGUAUUGAUCACUAUUAAUUUUUCCUCUGAACAUAGAUGUACAUGUAUGGCUCAGCGUCAUAGGUACCAGGGCAAGUGUGGGCAUAUGAUGCUCGUUGAUGGGUGUGGGUAAGGCAUGCCAAUGGGUUGUUCUAGUACCUAAGUUUAGUUUUUCAGGCUUGGUAAAUUAAUGAACCAUAUUUUUUUGUCAGACAUAAUUCAGGCCUGAAUAAUUCAGACCUUAUUUGGGCCUAAAUCAUUUCAGACCUGAAUUGUAGCCUAAUAGUAACCUGAACAGGAUGUAAACACACAUGAUAUCCUUGAAUGACCUGAUUUAGGCAAUCCCAUCACUGUUUCUAAAGGCAGCUAUGCACUUUUAAGUUAUUUUAAGAUCAUGGUUAUCUAAAACUUAAUUUGCACCAUUACUAAGAGUACAUCCCAAAGUACAUGUAGCUUAGGAAAAGUACUAUUACUGCAGGCCGAGACUAACUUCAGUUAAUAUACAUGUAAGAUGCUCACUAACUGUUUUCAUGAUCUUUUGGGCCAAAUCCUUUCGGAUCUAUUAAUGAUCAUUGCCUAUGAGCUCAAAUAUUUUAGCAAAUAGCUGCAAAGCAUGUGUUUUGUACUCUGCAUACCAGUGUGAGAAGAAUAUGAGAAGAAUUCAGGUGUCCAAGCAGAAUAAGAGAUUUCCAUGACAAUGAUAAAUAAUUAUUAGCAUUGCAUUAAAUGUUUCAAUCACUAAUUUCACGCCUGAUAAGGGCUACAGUACCAAGCCUUAAGAAUUUGAGUUCUUUAAGGCUUGUUUUUAAGGCCUAUUAACACAAGGUUCUCUUGCACACUUUUGUCAGGCCUGAUUUUGCUAAACUCAGGCUUUAAAGAUCGGGCCAUAAUUAUUAGGUUACCACAAGGCUUGGUAUUUUCGUACGGUAGACUUGACCAGGGCAAGAAAAGUUUGAAAGCUACUUGUUCAAGGGCAAGCUGAAACUCAACUUUUUUUUGGAGCCCUUCACUGUUUAAAAUGGCAUACAUUUUUCUGCUUAAAGAUUUAGCAUUUUUGACAGGAAAUCAAACACUAUGAUCUCAAACAAUACAUUUUUCUCAUUUAAAGACUUAGACUGAC